AUGCCAGCUGUUCCACAGAUCCUGCUGGAAACUCUGGAAGAGCUGGAGAGAGCAGAACUGAAGAGGUUUCAGUGGUACCUGACUACAGAGAAUGGAGUGGAAGGCCUCUCUCACAUCCCAAAGUCUAAGCUGGAGAAUGCUGAUGUACAGGACACAGUGGAUAAGAUGGUGGAGAGAUACAAACCAAGAGGUGCUGUGGAGAUCACACUGCUCAUCCUGAAGGAGAUAGGGCUGAAUAACCUGGCUGACAAAUUAGAGCAUAAACUCAGAGAAGGUAAUACAGCUCACAUGAAAUUUACAACACAAUCAGUUUUACUAGAUUAUGAAGCUGUAAGAAUCAAACUUAAGUCCAGUCUGAAACAGAAAUAUGAGCGCAUUUUGGAUGGCACUUCAGUGAGAGGUCAUAGAAAGUUCCUGAAUGAUGUUUACACUGAUCUCUACAUAGUGGAGGAUGAGACUGGAGGAGUCAAUAAUGAACAUGAGAUUAUGCAGGCUGAGACAUCAACCAGGAGAUUUACUACAGAGGAAACUUCAAUCACAUGCAGUGACAUUUUCAAAGUCCCAUCGGAUCCAAGUCGAAGAAACAGAAAAGUGCUGACUAUGGGAAUUGCUGGAGUAGGCAAAACUAUCUUAGUGAACAAAUUCAUACUGGACUGGGCAGAGGGAAAGACCAACCAGGACAUAGAAUUUAUUUUUCCACUCCCCUUUCGAGAGCUGAAUUCAGUAAAAGAUGAAGAAUACAGCCUGAUAGAGUUGCUUCAUGAAUAUUUUGAAGAUUCUGCUAAACUAAAGUCUGUUCCAGACGGCGAUGGUAAAGUCAUGUUCAUUUUUGAUGGACUUGAUGAGUGUCGCUUUCCUCUUGUCUUUACUGAGGCAGAGAAAUUGAAAGAGAUUAAUCAGAAAACAUCAUUGGGCACACUAAUAACAAACCUAAUCAAGGCAAAUAUGCUUCCCUUUGCUCUCAUUUGGAUAACCUCCAGACCAGCAGCAGCCCAUCAGAUCCCUCGAGAUUGCAUUGACCAGGUGACUGAAGUACGAGGAUUCAGUGAUAAACAAAAGGAAGAGUACUUUAGGAAGUACAAUGACAAGGACCAGGAUAUGGCCAAAAAUAUGAUCUCACACAUAAAGAAAUCAAGGAGCCUCCACAUCAUGUGUCACAUACCAGUCUUCUGUUGGAUAUCAGCAACUGUGCUUCAGCCAAUGCUGGCCACAGACAGUAGUGAAGAACUUCCCACAACUCUGACUGGGAUGUACACACAGUUUCUGAUUUUUGAAACAAAUCAAAUGAAAAAGAAAUAUGAAGCUAGGCACAUUAUACUGAAGCUUGGAAAGUUGGCCUUCCUUCAGCUGGAGAAGGGUAAUCUGAUAUUCUAUAAGGAAGACUUGAGAGAGUGUGGCAUUGAUGUCAGUGAGGGUUCAGUAUACUCAGGAGUGUGCACACAGAUAUUCAGUAAAGGGCAAGGAGCCUCUGAGAGGAUGGUGUUCAGCUUUGUGCAUCUGAGUGUUCAAGAAUUCUUUGCUGCGGUCCAUGUGUUUGUCUCGCACUGCAAUAAUAAAGAGAAUGUUCUUCGUCCUGAUACAUUUUGGUCUAUCUUUAAAACGAAGUCAGAGAAAUUAAAUGAUCUCCACAGAUGUGCUAUAGACAAGGCCUUAGAGAGUGAGAACGGACACCUGGAUCUUUUCCUCCGCUUCCUUCUUGGCCUCUCACUGGAGUCCAAUCAGGAACACCUGAAAGAACUACUGCCACAAACAGCAAUCAGACCACAGAGUGUGGAGAAAACAGUCAACUACAUCAAGAACACACUCAACAAGAACAUCUCAUCAGAGAGGAGCAUCAAUCUCCUCUACUGUCUGAAUGAACUGAAGGACGACUCCCUUGUAAACGAAAUUCAAAAUUACUUGGGCUCAGGACGUCUCUCUACAGAGAAACUCUCAUCUGCACAGUGGUCAGCUCUGGUCUUUGUCCUGCUGAUGUCAGAGGAGACUCAAGAAAAGUUUGAGCUGAAGAAAUACAGAGGAUCAGAUGAAGGGUUGAAGAGACUUCUGCCAGUACUGAAAAACACCAAACGGGCUCUACUUACUGGUUGUAAACUUACUGAGCAGUCCUGUGAAGCUAUAGCCUCAGUUCUACAGUCAGUUAACUGUCCCCUGAGAGAACUGGACCUGAGUAACAAUGACCUUCAGGAUUCAGGUGUGACGUUUCUCUGUGAGGGACUGAAGCAUCCACACUGUAAACUGGAGAUACUGAGACUUGCUGGUUGUAAUCUCACUGAACAGUCCUGUUCAUCUAUAGCCUCAGUUCUACAGUCAGUAAACUGUCCCCUGAGAGAACUGGACCUGAGUAACAAUGACCUUCAGGAUUCAGGAGUGAAGUUUCUCUGUGUGGGACUGAAGAAUCCACACUGUAAACUGGAGAUACUGAGACUUGCUCUCUGUAAACUCACUGAACAGUCCUGUUCAUCUAUAGCCUCAGUUCUACAGUCAGUAAACUGUCCCCUGAGAGAACUGGACCUGAGUAACAAUGACCUUCAGGAUUCAGGAGUGAAGUUUCUAUGUGUGGGACUGAAGAAUCCACACUGUAAACUGGAGAUAUUAAGGUUGUCUGGUUGUUUAGUGACAGAGGAAGGUUGUUCUUCUCUGGCUUCAGCUCUGAGUUCAAACCCCUCACACCUGAGAGAACUGAAUCUGAGCUACAAUCACCCAGGAGACUCAGGAGUGAAGCGUCUCUCUACACAGAUGAAUCAAAACUGUCGACUGAAGUUAGUACUUGUGGACCAUGGUGGAGAAUUCAUCAUCAAACCAGGAUUAAGAAAAUAUGCCUGUGAUCUCACACUGGACCCAAUCACAGCACACAAACACCUCUCUCUGUCUGAGGGGAACAGAAAGGUGACAUAUGUGGGAGAGAAUCAGUCGUAUCCUGAUCAUUCAGAGAGAUUUGAUCACUGGUAUCAGGUCAUGUGUAGAGAGAGUCUGACUGGACGCUGUUACUGGGAGACUGAGUGGAGUGGAGAUGCUGCUGAAAUAUCAGUGACAUAUAAAGGAAUCAGGAGGAAAGGAGAGAGUGAUGACUGUAGGUUUGGAGACAAUGAAAAGUCCUGGAGUCUGGAGUGUGAUGGUAACAGUUACUUUGCCCGUCACAAUGAACAUGGAACUGACAUACCUUACCACCCCUCACACACACACAGAGUAGGAGUGUAUCUGGACUGGUCGUCUGGAACUGUGUCCUUCUACAGCGUCUCCUCUGACACACACACACUCACACACAUACACACAUUCCACUGCACAUUCAUUGAACCCCUUUAUGCAGGGUUUUAUGUUUAUCAGAACUCCUCAGUGUCUCUGUGUCAGAUAAAAUAA